UUUACUUGUUUACGUUCAUAGUUUCAAAAAGUGCAAGUUUUUUUUGUUGUUUGUGUGUUAAGGUUUUCGUCAAAAUAUAAUUUUCAACUAUGAGUUGCUGUGUUCCUGGGUGUCCUACCAAAAAAAGGGCAAAUAAACCCCAAUAUAAAAACCGUUCACUUCAUUUGUUUCCCAGAAAAGAGGAGAUCAAAAGGGAGUGGUUGGAACUUGUUCGAUUACCACUGAUAACAAAUGCAACAUAUUUACGAGUAUGUUCAGAACAUUUUUUAGAAAAGGAUUUCUUCAUGGCUGGCAGCCGAAGAGAUUUGCGUAAAGGGGUUCUUCCAUCAGUUUUUGAAUGGAACGAAAGUAAGAAAGGCGCAAUAAGUAAUACUCAGGCAUUUGAUACCGUGUUAAUACCUGAAAUUGAAGACGCUAGUAGUAGCAGGUUAGUUAAAGAAAAGUGUAACUGUGUUCUACUCCAAAAAGAGAAUGAGAGACUUAAAUUGGAGAUUUUAAACUUAAGAGAAGAAAUUGAUUCACUUAAAAACGUGAAAGAAGAAAAUCAACAGACUCAUAAGCAAACAAAAAGAGAAAAAAAAAUAAUAAUGAGGAAAUUUUAGUUAUCAUAAAAUAUUUACAUUGUGUUCAAGAUGACGACAUUUUCAACAUGAAACAUACACAACAUGAUCAACAAAUGAACUGAACGUAAUGGAAAAUCUAUGAUUUUUUAGGUUUGUGAAUGAAAUAAUUCGCCGUUCGCCAUCUGGCAACACCGCCAAAAAGAAGCAUGGGCAUUUUGUCAAAUGUCAGAUAGUCAGAUGAUGUAAAUAUAACCUCAAUUUCCAAAGUCGUUUUUCAGGUGUUACAUGUGUUGUAAUUUGUAGUGUUUUCAAUAAAUCUAAAUAAACAAAAAUGACCAGUUGUAAAAGAUGGAAAACAUUACAACAUAUUUUACGAAAAUAUGGCACAAGUGCUAAACCUAAAAUUAUUCCUGACGAAAAUGUGUUCGAUAACAUACAAAAGAACACAUACAAACCCAAAAACCACCCUGGAGUUUUUAAACCAAGGACAAUUUUGUUACCUGAAUCAUUCAUAACCGCCGCAAAUAAUGUUAUUGCAGACUUUCCAAUCAAAACCCUAAUUGAGGAUGGCAAGUCAUUAAUUAAUCAUUUAAAAGAUAAAAGGCCCCCCAUUGAAACUGAAGAAGUUAAAAAAAUAAAAAAGAACAUUCAUGACAGAGUAGUCGCACAGACCAAGAUUCCAGAAUUUCAAACAGAAGAUGAAAGAAUAAAGUUUAAAGAGGCAAUUUCUAACAAAGUUAAUAGUAUACUAAAAAGGGAAGUUUAUCACUGGAAACCUGUUAACUACAACACAUAUAAUGCUUUGGUGUAUUUAGUAUCAAGAGCUCCAGCAGAGUAUUCAGUUUUAGCAAAAAUCUUUUUAGAGAUUGCUGAAAGAGAUCGUGAAUUUAAACCUAGGAGCUUAUUUGAUUUUGGUUCAGGAGUUGGUACUGCAACCUGGGCAGCAAAUUUGUACUGGAAGAAACACUUAUUCGAAUAUUUUAAUGUCGAUUCAUCAAGUGAAAUGAAUGACUUAGCUCAAAUUUUAUUACAACAAGGAAAAGGCACAAAUCAGAUGGAACUAAGAGGAGUAUAUUACAGACAAUUUUUACCAGCUACAAAUACGGCAUAUGAUUUAGUUGUUUCUGCAUAUACAUUUCUUGAAUUACCAUCUCAACAAUCUCGUUUAGAAACUGUACUUAAUCUCUGGAAUAAAACUCAAAAAUAUCUUAUUAUAGUCGAACAAGGGUCUAAUGCUGGUUUCCAGAUUAUCAAUGAAUUAAGAGAUUUUAUUCUUCAUGUGAAAAAUGACGCUAGUGUUGGUCACAUUUUUAGUCCUUGUCCUCAUGACCAAGUGUGUCCUAGAUUUACAACAGAUGAUGGUACACCAUGUAACUUUGAAACUUACUAUUUUAAUUUUCCCAUUGGUGCAGUAAGUUUGAGGAGAAAAGAAAGAUACUCAUACAUAGUUUUUAAAAAAGGUGAACGAGACACUGCAGAUCCGCAGUGGCCUAGGAUUGUGAGGGAGACUUUAGUAAGGUCAAAGCAUACAGUUUGUAGAAUGUGUACAAAAAAUGCCAAAUUAGAGGAAGUCAUAUUUACUGCGUCAAAGCACGGCAAGAGUUUAUAUCAUUGCGCACGAGCAACAAAAUGGGGUGAACUGUUACCCAUUUCAUUACAAACUCCAAAAAACGACGAAGGUAUUGAAGAUGGAGUAGAAGUUAACCAAAAAACCGAGGACUAGGUAAAAACUCAACACGGAGUCAUAAACUACAUGUGUAGGACUAUGUUAUUUUAUACAGACAGACAGAAGGAAAAGGAGACCUAUUUCUUGGUACUCUAGGGGUCAUGAAAGGUCGAGAAAACUUAAAAGUAGAGAGUCGACCGACGGACUCGAUUACAAUACUUUCUUCGCUUACGCUCGGGAUGUAAAAACGCCGCGAAACCACAUUUAAAAGAAUCGAUCUAGUGUAUUCGACAGAACUUCCCUCGCCCCUGGAGCACACCUCAACAAAUCUAGUUCUUUGGAAAAUUUAUAAAAUUUGAUUUUGUGAUUUUUUUAUGAUAACUCCUAUAAGUUAAAACAAAGUAUGGGUGGAUUGGUAAAGCACAGGUAAAGAUUCAUGAUAUGCGUAUGUUUCAAAUAAAUUUUUCCAUAACAAAAUUUUAUUAUGACGUCCCCAACAUUUUGGAAAUAAUAACAAUUCUAAAUUAAAAAUACGGCGUCCAUCGUUUAUAAAGUAUGCCGUUCAGAAUGAACAAAGUACAGCUUACGUUGUUUACAAAGUAUGGUGCUUGUUCACAGUGAUAUCAAAUGAAAAUUAAACAAAAUCUUGACAUUGGGUAACAGAUAAAAGGGAUUCAUACAUAUAUCAAGUACAAACGUAAGAUAUUUUAUGAAAUUUAAAUAAAACUGUCUAUGCCAAAUUUUGAGGUGACGUCAUCGCAUUGUUGGUGAGGACAAUUAAACAAAUUUUGAUUCGUGUUUUAUGAUAGUCCUAAGAUACAUAUAAAAUUUGACAACAAUCGGUCAAGUAGUUUAGGAGACUAUCUGUCUAAUAAAUAUCGACACAGACGACUGACAGACGGAAAUAAGAGACCCUGCUACUCUACUGAUUAUAAAACGUUGAGAAAAUAUCUAAUUGGCCGUUCGUCGAAUGGACCCUAAUACCUACAAUACUUCCUGAGCGUAAGCUAAACAAUCAUUUUGAUAAUCCAGUCUAUUACCUAUGCUUCUACGCGCACGUGGUAAUAACGAAAUACAACCCUUAGUGAAUAGUAGGAGAGGUUGGAAUGCACAACAAAUAAUAGUUGAAAAUCGAGGGAUCUGUCAUUUUUUUCUCGUUUUGUGAAUACCAAGGGAAAUGUCUUCAAGUAGUAUAUUUUGUUUGUUUAAGCUUUCCAAAUGUACGGACAGCUACCCAAGAAUGUAAUUAAAGUAAUAAUAUUAAUAAUAACUUUAUUAGACAAAAAUUUCUUGAAUGCAUGUCUCAAAGGAGAUACAUCGCUACAAGAUGAUUUUCAGUAACCCCUAUGUUCCCUAUGAUCAGUUUAUUGACAAUUUUCUAACCUUGUGUGUUGUAAAAUUCAUCAGCACACCUUUUCGUUUCACGUUGUUUUAGUUCUACAA